UUUAGCAGUGUCAUAUAUAAACUAGUAAGAUCACUGAAAAAUUCAACUGAAUUGUAGGAAUUUAAAUAUCUUUCAUUUGUUUUCUGAAUUUUUAGAAUUCGCUGUAUAUGAGAUUUCUGGUUAGCUCCUCGCUAGCAGGUUGUUUCAGUUAAUCAAUAUGGCAAGUGCAACAAAUACAAACCUGAACGCAGUCCGUGAAACAAUGGAUGUUUUGCUUGAGAUCUCAAGGUUGUUGAACACUGGUUUGGACAUGGAGUCCCUGUCAAUCUGUGUUCGACUAUGUGAGCAGGGUAUUAACCCAGAAGCCCUCUCUGCAGUCAUCAAAGAGCUUCGAAAGGCAUCUGAGACUCUCAAGGUUUCUGAGAACUGUCCAAACUGAGGAUGCAAAUAGAGCUGGCUAUCUGUAGUUGGGAUCAUGGACUGUUCCUGAGUCUGUGGCAGAGGAUGGCUCUCCAGCUGAGUCCAAUUUAUUGUGGCACAUUGUCAUCUCCUCCUCCUCCCCAGUGACUAAUAGGUUGUCUGAUUCUGCCCCAAAAUGUUUGGGUUUUCAUAAAGAGCUACCAAACUGUGUCUUUUAUGUUAAUAUGGUUCUUGUAGACUGAGAUGAUCCAUCUCACAGAGAAGGUGUGAUGUGUGGGUUUAAGUUGGCAGCAACAUCCAGCAUUUCAUUCUAGAGAAAAUUUGUUUAAUUUUUCAUGUAAUUAUUUUUUACUUGUGUUUUCAAAUAUGCUUGGAUUUUCAUUUAUAUGUGGUAUAUAUUUUUGUGUGGUUUUUUUCAUUCAAACAAUAUCCUUUGGACAUAUGCAAUCAUUCUUGGAAUGCUUAUGAAUAAGAGAAUAAAAUUAAAGAUGUAAUAUUUGUGACCACUAGGUGGAGAUGUGUGAUUCUUUUUUCAUUGAUAAGGUCUCCAUGUGACCCAUGAAAAUUGUAUCUU